CUGGAGCACUGAAAGGUAAUGGUGGAGGUUUAUUCACACAUAACGAUUCUGUUGAGGCUUGGCACGAAACAGGCGUGUUUUGACUUGACAAAGUUGCGCGUGCUUCCUGGUUUGAAGCGCUGUGACCUCAGGUACGCCGCAAAACUCCAACAACGAGCCACUUCUGCUGCUCCUCGGACAUCUGUGCUCCACGCUCCCAGCUGCACACCCGACCAGGGAUUACACGUUUGCUGUUUUCUUCAAAAUUCCCAGCUCUGCCGAGAUGCAUUUAAACUUUAACUGUGGCUGAAGCGCGUGCCUCCACCCGCUUUAUCAGGAAGAGUUUGAGAGUAAAGUGUCCGGGCUUCUUAAGAACAAACUCAAGCAAGCACCCAUCUUCGCAUUGAAAGGCAAAGAUGUCCGAUUCGGCGUCUAGUUUUCUCCAUAUCGGGGAUAUUGUGUCCCUGUAUGCAGAAGGAACUGUCAAUGGUUUUAUAAGCACACUGGGGCUGGUGGAUGACCGUUGUGUCGUGGAGCCUGCAAGUGGAGAUUUAGAAAACCCUCCCAAAAAAUUCAGAGACUGCCUCUUUAAGGUGUAUCCCAUGAACAGAUAUUCGGCUCAGAAACAGUUCUGGAAAGCCAAACAGGCCAAACAUGAAAAGGAUAAAAUUGGAGACAUGGUGCUUCUUCAGAAAUUGCAGCAUGCAGCUAAUUUGGAACAAAAGCAGAAUGAUGCUGAGAACAAAAAGGUCCACGGCGAUGUGGUUAAAUACGGCAGCGUCAUUCAGCUGCUCCACAUGAAGAGUAACAAGUAUUUGACAGUAAAUAAGCGUCUCCCAGCACUACUGGAGAAGAAUGCAAUGCGCGUCACUCUGGAUGGGACGGGGAAUGAGGGCUCCUGGCUUUUCAUUCAGCCUUUCUGGAAGCUCAGAGCCAACGGAGACAAUGUGGUGGUUGGAGACAAAGUGAUCCUGAAUCCUGUGAAUGCUGGACAGCCUCUCCAUGCCAGCAGCUAUGAGCUUCCCGAUCAUUCAGGGUGCAAAGAGAUCAACUCUGUGAACAGCAACACCAGCUGGAAGAUCAGUCUGUUUAUGAUGUUCAGUGACCACAAAGAUGAAGUGCUGAAAGGAGGAGACGUGGUGAGGCUGUUUCACGCUGAACAGGAGAAGUUUCUGACCUGUGAUGAGUACAAGUCUAAACUGCACGUGUUCUUGCGCACAACUCUGCGUCAGUCAGCUACUUCAGCCACCAGCUCUAAUGCAUUAUGGGAAGUGGAGGUGGUCCACCAUGAUCCAUGUCGAGGAGGAGCCGGACACUGGAACAGCCUCUACAGAUUCAAACACCUGGCCACAGGAAACUAUCUCGCUGCUGAGGAGAACCCAGGUUACAAAGAAAACAGCAAUGAUAUUGAGGUGGACAGCAGUCGUAUCAAGAGAAGCCUUGGAGAAAGGAUUAAAUAUAAGCUAGUCGCAGUGCCUCAUGGGAACGACAUCGCCUCUCUGUUUGAGCUGGACCCGACAACACUGCAGAAGACUGAUUCAUUUGUGCCAAGAAAUUCUUAUGUUCGAUUUCGCCACCUGUGCACGAACACUUGGAUCCAAAGCACCAACAUUCCUAUCGACAUCGAUGAAGAGCGGCCGAUUCGAUUAAUGCUGGGCACGUGCCCCACUAAAGAGGACAAAGAAGCAUUCGCCAUCGUCUCUGUGCCGGUCAUGGAGAUUCGAGAUCUAGACUUCGCCAAUGAUGCGAGUCUCAUGUUGAGCACUGUUGUCGAGAAGUUCAAAUACGGUUUUCUCAGUCCUAAUGACAGAAGGUAUGCCAUUAAGCUGCUGGAGGAUGUGGUAUUCUUUGUUGUGGAUCAACUUAACAAUGGCCAGCCGGCCCUGGAGGUGUCGAUGAACAAGCCCAACCGAGAGAGACAGAAACUGAUGAGAGAGCAGAACAUUUUAAAACAGAUAUUUGGGAUCAUUAAAGCUCCGUUCAAAGAGAGGGGAGAUGAUCCUCCUCUACUGACACUGGAGGAACUGUCCGACCAGAAAUACUUAUUGUAUCAGUACAUGCUCAGGCUGUGCUACAGGGUGCUGCGUCAUUCACAGGAAGACUACCGAAAGAAUCAGGAGUACAUAGCUAAGCAGUUUGGAAUGAUGCAGUCUCAGAUCGGCUAUGAUAUUCUGGCGGAGGACACCAUCACAGCCCUGCUCCACAACAACCGCAAACUGCUAGAGAAACACAUCACUAAAACUGAGGUGGAGACAUUUGUCAGUCUGGUUCGCAAAAACAGGGAACCCAGGUUUCUAGACUAUCUUUCAGACUUGUGUGUGUCCAAUAAUGUAGCAAUCCCAGUUACUCAAGAGCUGAUCUGUAAAUGCGUGCUGAACGCCAAGAACCAGGAUAUUCUCAUGAAAACAGAGCGGCGAGCAGCUAAGGAAAGUCAGCACACUUCCGAGUACUUGGAAGAGUUUGGAGACGAGGAUGAAGUUUGGCUGAUCUGGUCUGAAAAGGAAAAUGAGAACCAUGAAAAGAGCAUUCGGCAGCUUGCCCAAGAGGCCCGUCAAGGGAACGUGCAUGAUGAAAAUGUUCUGACAUAUUACAGGUACCAGCUGAAGCUGUUCGCACGAAUGUGUUUUGAUCGGCAGUAUCUGGCCAUAGAUGUGAUCUCAAAGCAGCUGGAUAUAGAGCUAAUCUCGCUCUGCAUGAUGGACGAGACUCUUCCCUUUGACCUGCGAGCGUCUUUCUGUAGGCUCAUGCUGCACGCACACGUUGAUCGUGACCCUCAGGAGCUUGUGACGCCCAUCAAGUUUGCCCGCUUGUGGACUGAGAUUCCCACCUCUAUCAGCAUCAAAGAUUAUGACUCUCACUUGGACUAUUCACGAGACAAUAAAAAGAACAAGUUUGCUAAUACCAUGGCUUUCAUGGAGGAAUACCUCAACAAUGUGCUCAUCGAUGACCUGCCUUUUGCAAACGAGGAGAAAAACAAGCUAACGUAUGAGGUGGUGAGCUUGGCGAGGCAUCUCAUCUACUUUGGCUUCUACAGCUUUUUCGAGCUCCUGAGAUUGACUCGCACUCUUCUGGGAAUCAUAGACUGCACUCCGAGCAACGCUUCCAUCAACCCACUGUUCAACGAUGAUGGCAGUGGUAAGAACGUCAGGCGCUCCAUUCAUGGCAUGGGACAGAUGAUGUCUACCAUGGUGCUUAACCGAAAACCAUCUCUGUUCUCCGCUCCUGGUCGAACUGGAGACAGUCAAGUCGGCAGUAAAGACAGCAUCGACACACAAGACAUCACUGUCAUGGACACCAAACUCAAGAUUCUGGAGAUUUUACAGUUCAUCCUCAGCGUUCGUCUAGACUAUCGGCUUUCGUUCCUCCUCUCCGUCUUCAAGAAGGAGUUUGUGGAUGUUUAUCCUAUGGAAGAUGCAGAUGCCACACAUCAUACUGAGCAUGAGGCUUCCAUCAACCUACAGCACAUUGGAGAGCAGGCAGAGGCCAUGUUUGGAAUUGGUAAAGGAAACAGCAUUCUGGAAGUGGAUGAUGAAGGAGGACGAAUGUUUCUGCGUGUUUUGAUCCACCUCAUCAUGCACGACUACCCUCCAUUGGUUUCUGGGGCCUUGCAGUUGCUGUUCAAGCACUUCAGUCAAAGACAAGAAGUCCUUCAUACUUUUAAACAGGUCCAAUUGCUUAUUUCAACUCAGGAUGUGGACAACUAUAAACACAUAAAACGAGAUCUGGAUCUGCUGCGCACCAUGGUGGAGAAGUCUGAGCUUUGGGUCAUUAAAAAGAGCAGUUCUGGGGGAGAUGGAAAGAAAGACAAGAAAGACAAAAAAGAGCCUGAAGCGGUGUCACCUGAGGAGGAGGCUGAUUCUAAGAAACAGACAACUGAAAAAAGCAAUGAAAGCUACCAGAAUGUUAAAGAGAUUCUAGAGCGAUUGAAUAAAAUGUGCAGUUCAGGUGUAUUUAAGAAGCAACAAAGGCUACUGAAGAACAUGGGUGCGCACAAAGUUAUGCUGGACCUGUUGCAGAUCUCCUAUGAUCGGAAUGACACCAAAAUGCUGGAGAUCAUCAAGUACACACAUCUGUUUCUGCAAAAGUUCUGCACAGGGAAUCUGGAGAACCAGGCUCUCCUCCAUAAACACCUCAACCUUUUCCUGACACCUAGGCUCCUGGAGGCAGAAACAAUGCAGCAGAUUUUCAGCAAUAAUUUCCAGCUCUGUUCUGAGAUCAGCGAGUCUGUGCUGCAUCAUUUCAUACAUUGCCUGGCCACACAAGGCCGGCACAUUCAGUACCUCAACUUUCUGCACACCAUCAUUAAGGCCGAAGGGAAAUAUGUGAAGAAAUGCCAAGACAUGAUCAUGACUGAGCUUACUAGUGCGGGGGAUGAUGUGGUCGUCCUCUACACGGAUGACACGUCGUUUAACACCAUGGUGGAGCUGAUGACCCAGUCGAGGGAAGGGGUGAAGGACGACAGCCCGCUGCGCUACCAUAUCUCUCUGGUGGAGCUGCUGGCUGCAUGUGCUGAGGGGAAAAACGUCUACACUGAGAUCAAGUGCACAUCUCUGCUGCCCCUAGAGGAAAUGGUCAAAGUAAUCACACAUGAAGACUGCAUAACUGAGGUGAAAAUUGCUUAUGUGAACUUUGUGAACCACUGCUAUGUGGACACAGAAGUGGAGAUGAAGGAGAUCUACACCAGCAACCACAUCUGGAAGCUUUUUGAGAACUUCACUGUAGAUAUGGCCAGAGUGUGCUCCAACCGUGAGAAACGCAUGUCAGACCCUGUGCUGGAGAAGUAUGUAAUUCAGGUCGUUUUAGACACUGUAACUGCCUUCUUCAGCUCUCCUUUCUCUGAGAACAGCACCAGCACGGAGGCUCAUCACACCACUGUAAAGCAGCUGCUGCAGUCCACCAUGCGUCUGUUAGACUGUCCAUGGCUACAGCCACAGCAAAAAGUCCAAGUGGAGUCCUGCAUCCGAACACUAGCAGUGACAACCAAGAGUCGCUCUAUUCCUCUGCCAGUGGAGUUGGAGGCUCAUGUCAACAUGAUGUUGAGUCACAGUAAUUCCCUCACAUUGUCCCGAUCCAGUCACUCCAACAAAAGCAUGUCACGCUUAACACGGCCUGCCGCUCCCACCAACCCCUGGGACUACAAGAACAUCAUUGAAAAACUACAGGAUAUCAUUAACACACUGGAGGAGCGUGUGAUGCCUUUGGUGAAUGCGGAGCUGUCUGUGCUGGUGGAUGUGCUGCAUCAGCCUGAGCUGCUGUUUCUGGAAGGCACCGAUGCUCGCUCACGCUGUGAAUCAGGAGGAUUUAUUUCUAAAUUGAUCCAGCACACAAAGGCCCUCAUGAACUCCGAUGAGAAGCUCUGUAUCAAAGUCCUCAGAACUCUGCAGGAAAUGCUCAUUCGCGAGUUGGAUUUCGAUGAAAAGGGCUUUGCCUUAAGAAAGGUGUUGCUCCAGAACUACCUCUACAAUAACAAAAAGAACAUAAAAGCAGAGCUUGUUGAACACGCAGGAGGUGCAGAGGGCGAGAGAGACUGGCUAACAGUGGCAGCAUUACAGUGUCGCCUGGACAAAGAAGGCGGCACCAAACUCUUCACAGACCUCAUCACCAGCACCAAGAAUGAGAAGAUCUUCCAGGAGAGCAUUCAGCUCGCUAUCUGUCUGCUAGAAGGGGGAAACACAGAGAUCCAGAACUCCUUCUACAAACUCAUGAUGGGAGACAACAAGUCUGAGAAGUUUUUUAAAGUGCUGAAUGACCGCAUGAAGAACGCACAGCUUGACAUCAAAUCCACCGUCUCUGUCAAUGUGGGGGAAAUGAGCAACAAAGCCAAAGAUGACAAAGAUCUGGAGACUGGUGGCGUAUCGUCGUUUGGCCAGCCUGAGCCUCAACCUGAACAACAGGAAGUGGAAACAGAAAUGGGGCCAUCUGUCACCAUCAUGAAACCCAUCCUGCGCUUUCUACAGCUGCUCUGUGAGAACCACAAUCAGGACCUUCAGAACUUUCUUCGCAUUCAGAACAACAAAACAAACUAUAACCUGGUGUCAGAGACUCUGCAGUUUCUGGACAUCAUGUGCGGCAGCACAACUGGAGGACUGGGUCUGCUGGGCCUUUACAUCAAUGAGAACAAUGUGGAGCUGAUCACACAGACCCUGGAGACCCUCACAGAGUACUGUCAGGGGCCAUGCCAAGAGAACCAGACAUGCAUUGUCUCCCAUGAGUGCAACGGUAUUGACAUCAUCACAGCUUUAAUUCUGAAUGACAUCAGUCCUUUAUGUCGAUAUCGCAUGGAACUGGUGCUUCAGCUCAAGGACAAUGCCUCUAAGCUUCUUCUGGCUCUGAUGGAGAGCCGUCAUGACAGUGAGAAUGCAGAGAGGAUCCUGUUUAAUCUUCGACCCAGAGAACUGGUGGAGCUGAUUAAAAAGGCUUAUCUGCAAGAGGGUGAGUGUAAGGAGGGAGAAGUGUCACCACGAGAAGUUGGGCAUAACAUCUACAUCCUGGCACUACAGCUUGCCCGACACAACAAAGUGCUACUCACACUGCUUAAACCAGUAAAGAAGAUAAAAGAGGAAGAAGAGGAAAGCAUCUCCUCUAUGCUCAAUCUGAACAAGCAGCAGGAGGAGGAAAAGGAGGAUCCACUAGAGCACUACGACCGUCAAACUGCUCAGAUUGAGAUUGUUCGUGAAGAUCGCAGCAUGGAGCAGAUUGUGUUUCCUGUUCACCCUAUCUGUGAGUUUCUUACGGAGGAGUCAAAGUUUCGAGUGUUCACCACCACGGAGCAGGACGAGCAGGGCAGCAAAGUCACAAACUUCUUCGAGCAGACCUCCUUCCUCCACAACGAGAUGGAAUGGCAGAAAAAGCUUCGCAGCAUGCCGGUGCUGUACUGGUUCUCUCGCAGAAUGUCUCUCUGGGGCACCAUAUCUUUCAACCUGGCUGUUUUCAUCAAUCUUAUCAUCGCUUUGUUUUACCCUCAUGACUCUGGUCAUUCUGGUAGCAUCGACUCUUCUCUUCUGCUCAUGGGAUUCUGGUGUUUUGCUGGACUGGCUGUUUUAGGCCUGCUAUUCAAGCGAUAUGGGUUUCAGUCACUGACCGUUGCCAUCACGCUGCGCUGCAUCUAUCACUUCGGUAUUGGUCCGACACUCCUCUUGCUGGGGGCUCUCAAUCUCAUCAAUAAGAUAGUGUACUUGGUGAGCUUUGUGGGAAACAACGGCACCUUCAUCAUGGGUUAUAAAGCCAUGGUAAUGGAUGUAGAAUUCCUGUAUCAUGUGGCUUACGUGUUAACCAGCAGUCUGGGGCUGUUUGUCCAUGAGUUCUUCUACAGCAUAUUGCUGUUUGAUCUGAUCUACCGUGAGGAGACACUGUUUAACGUCAUCAAGAGUGUGACCCGUAACGGCCGCUCUAUUCUCCUCACUGCUGUCCUGGCCAUCAUUCUGGUCUACCUGUUCUCCAUCGUCGGCUUUCUCUUCCUCAGGAAUGACUUCAUUAUGGAAGUCGACCACCUUGCUAGCCCAGCUCCAGGAGAUACUGAAAGCUUUAUGAGCAGCUGCAGUUCUGAUGGAAUUGACUGCACAGAGGAAACUGGUCUCCUUGCUCCAGCUGAAGAUGAAGACAACACUGAGAGAGCAUGUGACACCCUUCUUAUGUGUAUUAUUACGGUGCUGAAUCAUGGGCUGAGGAAUGGAGGAGGUGUAGGAGAUGUUCUGCGCAAACCAUCUAAGAAUGAGCCUUUGUUUCCCGCUCGUGUGGUGUAUGACCUUCUCUUCUACUUUAUUGUCAUCAUCAUUGUUCUCAACUUGAUUUUUGGUGUGAUUAUUGACACCUUCGCUGACCUGCGUAGUGAAAAACAGAAGAAAGAAGAAGUUCUGAAGACCACCUGUUUCAUUUGUGGUCUUGAGAGGGACAAGUUUGACAAUAAGACAGUGUCAUUCGAGGAACAUAUUAAAUUGGAGCACAACAUCUGGAACUACCUCUAUUUUAUUGUGCUGAUACGGGAGAAAAACAAGACCGAUUACACCGGCCCGGAGAGCUAUGUGGCUCUUAUGAUAAAGAAUAAGAACCUGGAUUGGUUUCCACGCAUGCAGGCCAUGUCUCUGGUUGUAACGGAUGGAGAUGGAGAACAAAAUGAGAUGAGGAACCUGCAGGAUCGUCUUAGCUCCACCAUGAAAGUGGUCACACAGCUCACAAGCCAGUUAACAGAGCUGAAAGAACAGAUGACUGAGCAGAGGAAGAGGAGACAGCGGAUGGGUUUUGUGGAUGUUCAGUCCGGCUCCAACCCUGGGAUGCCUGUGCCUCCUAGUCCUGCUGGAGGAAAUCAGGUCUACAAGGCCUAAACCCUCCAACUCUCCUGCCAUUGACUUUCUAGAAGCAAUAAUGUAAUCCUGGGAUGCUGGUGUACUUUACAAUGGGGAAAGGUUGCGUUUAGCCGUGGAAACUGGUAGAUGGGUUGGAUCUACACACCCUCAAAAGCACUACUGACUUGAUAUUUUUUUACAUGGCUGAGCGUGCACAUAUUUUAUAUAUUUAAAUAUAUGAAGUUUUACUUUCUUUUUUAAGAGUGAGCACCUUUUUUAAAGAUAUUUGACAGCUUUCUAUAGAUUUUGUUUGAAUGUAUGGAUAAAUGAAGCAUUACUUUAUAAGAAGCUGAUGUGUUUUAGAUUAAUAGUGAGCAUUUCUUUUUUUAUGCAUCAGCGUCUGGAUUUAUCCAGAAUGAAUGUAAGAUGAUUUGGGGAAACCACAUCAUGAAUAUCUGGGAAAGUCUAAAAUUUAAUGUGGGGUGUAUAUAUAGCAUAAUAUUCUGGAUUAAAUCAUGUUUAAACCUUCUAUAGCUUUAAUUUAAAUGUCAAGUGCCUAAAAAUGACUCCGAAAUAACUGCUCAGGACAAUAACGUGUUAUUUAUCUUACUUAUAAAACCUGGUUAUGAGUGAACACAUCCUAAUGGUCUCCAUACAUAGUGCAUGCAUAUCUAUGUAUAUAGUCUAUUUAAUAAUGUAAUUGUGUGACCAGAACUGCAUUGUUAUGGCCACAAAAAAGAAUGCUGGAACAUACUUGUAUUUGGGCCUUAUUUUUUACUGUUUGUGUGUUAAUCCUAGCAGUUGUACCAUGAUAUCAAUUAAUUCUCAAGUUACUGCUAAUAUUGUUUAUGUUGUCAUAAAGAGCCUCACCAACUUUGCACAAAAUACAAAAUAAAACAUUUGGCC